AUGGAAUCAGAGGACAUUCCAAGUCCUCGUACUUCGGGCUUGGGGCCAAGGACAAUGCCCGGCCAUCCAGCCCGGCGUUUCGACAUCAAGGGGUCGGCGUACGGAAUGGAGGAUAUUCUCGGGAAGUACUUCGAGAAGUCCCUACAGCGAGGACUCGUGCCGGCCGAGAUUGCAAACACUUGCGCCGGCGGCAACGACGAGUGCCUCGAGCGGGCGAUGGAGUGGGGUGUUGAAGUCUUCACUGACUUCAAUAUCGACGUUCAGCUGUGUUCCUGUGAUCAGCUGGGAGAGGACAGAACUCCUUUUUCAUUUUUCUUUAUUUGA